AUAUAUACUAUACUAGUAGCAGCUAGCUACCUAGCAUCCCUGUGCAAGUGCAAGCGGAGAGCAAGCAGCUAGUAGCAGAGAUCGAUCGACGACAGCCGGCCGGCCAUGGCGCCGCCGCCGCCGCUCCUGCUGCUGCUGCUUGCAGUUGCGGCGAGCUCGUCGGCCUGCCAUGGGUACCAGUACGACCCUUCUCGUGGCCCGCUGGUGACGGCGGUGAUCGUGUUCGGCGACUCCAUCGUCGACCCCGGCAACAACAACGGCCUGCUCACGCUCAUCAAGGCCAACCAUCCGCCCUACGGCAAGGACUUCUUCAACCACGAGGCCACCGGACGCUACUCCAACGGCCUCAUACCCACAGACCUCAUCGCGCAGGGGCUUGGAGUGAAGCAGCUGCUGCCGGGCUACCUGGGCGUGGAUCUGAGCCCUGAGGAUCUCCUCACCGGCGUCAGCUUCGCGUCGGGAGCCACGGGAUUCGACCCGCUCACGCCCGUCGUCGUGAGCGUGAUCUCGCUGGAGCAGCAACUUGCCUACUUCGACGAGUACCGUGAGAAGCUGGUGGCGAUCGCCGGCGAGGAGGAGACGGAGAAGAUCAUCGGCGGCGCGCUGUUCGUCGUGUGCGCGGGCACCGACGACGUGGCCAACACCUACUUCACGACGCCGUUCCGGAGCGUGGAGUACGACAUCCCCAGCUACGUGGAGCUGCUGGUCGCCGGCGCGGAGUCCUUCCUCCGGAACGUCAGCGCCAGGGGCGCCGCCAAGAUCGGCUUCGUGGGGAUGCCGCCGGUGGGUUGCGUGCCGUCGCAGAGGACCCUCGGCGGCGGGCUGCGGCGGGAGUGCGAGCCCCGGCGCAACGAGGCGGCGCAGCUCUACAACGCCAGGAUCCAGGAGAUGAUCGCCGGCCUCAACGCCGAGCCGGGCUUCCCGACGCUGGUCGUCUACCUGGACAUCUACCGCAUCCUGGACGAUCUCAUGGAGCGCGGCGAGAAGUACGGCUUCACGGAGACCACCCGGGGUUGCUGCGGCACCGGCACCAUCGAGGUCACCGGCCUCUGCGACUCCCGCUUCGUCUCCGUCUGCGACGACGUCUCCAACCACGUCUUCUUCGACAGCUACCACCCCACCGAGCGAGCCUACAGGAUCAUCGUCAACGACAUCUUCGACAACUACAUCCAAGUCCUCACUUGAUGAUCGAAUCUGCUGCUGAGAAUUACUAUUCCUAUUAUUCCUAUAUAUACAUAUUGAACUGUAUUAAUUCAUCAGGCCUCUAGCUUGCCUAUGUCAAAACACAGACUACAGUGUUGUUAAUCAAUCGACGAUGCAUCAUUAUAUUCAUUCAUUAGGUUGGCGCUGCUACGUUGUCCACCA